AUGAAAUUUUAUUAGAUUAGUUUCAAUAUAAUUAAGUAAUUAACAUAUGUAUGAAAAGUAAAUAAAAGAUUUAUUUAAAUGAAAUAACAAUCAGCAUAAAUACAUAAUGACUUCAUUUUGAAUGAUCAAACAUAUACUUCUAUAGUUCUAUGAGUUUCAUACGUCUGUACUCUGAACAAACAUAAAUUAUUUAUAGAAGUUGUGACAGAUCGAUAAUGAACUACUUAAGCAAGUUACCUGAAGAGUGCGUCUCUACCAUUCUUUCCCUCUCAAAUCCGCGAGAUGUUUGCCGAACAGCUGCUGCGUGUUCGGAGCUCCGAUUGGCAGCACAAUCGGAUUUCGUAUGGGAAAGCUUCCUGCCACACGAUUAUCUCCAAAUACUUGCAAGGGCUGCUGAUUCAUCUUUGUUGCUUAAAUGUGGUUCAAAGAAAGACUUGUUCUUUGUCCUUUGCAAUUCUUUACUCAUUGAUGGUGGUAAUAAGAUAUUUAGGUUAGACAGAUUAACUGGACUAAAAUCCUACGUUUUGUCUGCAAGAGACCUGUCAAUUGCUUGGGCUACUAACCCAAUCUAUUGGUCUUGGAAAAAAUUACAUAUGUCAAGGUUUAGUGAAAGUGUGGAACUUAGAACAACAUCAUGGCUAGAAAUCCAAGGCAAUAUAAAGAUCAAAAUGCUAUCACCAAACACAACAUAUGGUGCUUAUUUGAUUUUCAACAUCUCUCAAAGUGGAUAUGGUUUGGAUAUUAUGCCUAUAGAAAUAUCCCUCGAAGUGGGCAGUGAUCUAGUGUGCUACAAUACUGUAUACCUGCGCCAAGAUCAUGAGAAGAAGCAUCAAAUCCAAUGGUUGUUAUACUAUAAUCGCACAGAAAUGCUGAUAUCAAGGGUUAAUCAAGGGCCUGAGAGAAAUGUUCCUGUACUCCCGGGUGUACGCAAUGAUGGGUGGAUGGAAAUUGAGUUAGGACGAUUUUUUUGUGAUGAAAUUUAUAGUGAUGAGGAGAUUGUGAAGAUGAGUUUGAUGGAGAUCAAAGGGCAUCAUUUAAAGGGUGGUCUUAUUGUUGAAGGAAUUGAAAUUAGGCCGUUACAUUUGAAAUAAUUUGCUAAGAUCGAUACGAUUGCUAAGAAUUUAGAUGAAUGAUACCAUCAACAAAGAAUAAACAACGUUUGAUAAAGUAAACUUGCAAAGUGACACAAAGAUUUAAGGAGGUUCACCCAAUAAUGACUACGUCCUCCGUCGUGUGUAAUUUCUGUUUAUACUAUAUCAAUGAAGUAUAAAAUACUCUUACAAAUAAAGUAUUAUAAUUGUGUAAGAGAUAAAACAAAAGGCUAUGUGUUUGGCUUAGGGGUUGUGUUUUUAUGUGUGUUUGAGUAAGUAUGAGAGCUCUAUUUAUAAUACUAAGUACAUUCAAUGACA